AUGGGCAGUAAAGGUCACCGUCAAGUGCGAGUUCCUAUCAAUACAACUAUUCUGAUUGUACCGUAUACACUCCAUCGACGAGCUGAUUUCUGGUCUCGACCACUCGAAUUUGACUAUAUACGAUGGUUACGAAAUCCUAUCACCGAUCUCAAACCGAAUCUACCACAUCCAUACUGUUAUUUACCGUUUUCAGUUGGUCAACGCAAUUGUAUUGAACAACAUUUUGCGUUACUCGAAGCAAAAUACUAUGCCAAUUUCAAUGGGCCUAUAUUUGAUCAACCUGUCUAUAAACUAACUGCAUCGAAUUUUUCAAUUUCAUCUCCAAUCAAUACUACUUUAUUCACAUUUUCUCUCGAACCUCAAACACAAAAUACAGUACCCGGUUAUAUAUCACUUGGUCGAACUUUGGAUAAUGUCGCUGAUAUUCGCGUGACAUUGAGCGACACAGCAUUUCUUAUCGAAAAAUUAUCGAAUUUUUCUUAUCGAGUUGCAACCAAUAUCAGUCCAUUGAACUAUUUUUCACCCUAUCAUCGAUAUUUAUUCACUAUCACAGCUACGCAAUUGUUUCCUGGUCGUCCAUCGAUAUCAUCAACAGCCAUUGCACAAAUUGAUUUGAAUUAUUGUAAUGCGCAUGCUCCGACAUUCAUCUAUUCGAUUCAAACAUAUUCCAUCAGUGAAACACUAUCUCUAGGAUUACCAUUUGGUACAGUUUUUGCGACAGAUGCCGAUAAAGAUCCGAUUACAUUUGCUCUAACACCAGCAUCGGCACAAUUCACUAUCGAUCGAUUCACAGGAGUUCUGAGUUUAAGUCAAGCUUUUGGAUCAACACCAUCCUCACCUAUUCUUCUUACGGUCACUGCAACCGAUGUGCCAUCAUCGGACUGUUCAUUACCAUGUCCAAGUUGUGCCGCACGUAGCAAUUCGAUAACGAUUACCAUCAUUGUUACUACGGCUAAUAAACAACCACCAAGAUUUUCAGAUCAACCUUGUAAUUUAAUUUUUUCUCUACGAGAAGAUUCUCCACCGGGUACGAUUAUUACUACGUUGACAGCCGUCGAUAGUGAUCAAGGUAACAAUGGUCAAAUAAGUUUUUCAUUUCCGCCAGAACAACGACAAACAAGACUUCUUGUGGGUACAAACGAUAUUCAAUCGAGAUCGACUUUCUAUUCUAAAUUUCAAUUGUAUCAAUUCAAUCAAAUUAAUGAGAUUCGUACGGUUCAAUUACGAACGAAUGAAACAUUUGAUUAUGAUCAACUUGGAGCUAUUCGUGUCUGGUAUUUGUUCGUAUUAGCCAGCGAUCAGGGUACACCAUCGUUACAAUCUCUUUGUACAUUACGUAUCAAUUUGAUUGAAGUCAAUGAAUAUGCACCAGUUUUUACUUCAACAAAUUGGAGUCAAACUAUCUAUUCAACAACUGGUUCAACAAUAAUGCGUGUUAUCGCUUCUGAUCUCGAUGCUGGUGUUAGUGGAAUGAUCAAUUAUUUCAUUGUUAGUUUAACUCAAGCAUAUUUCGUUAUAGAAAGUAGCACAGGCGUAAUUCGAUUUGCUUCGGGUGUGACAUUUUCCAAUGUGAAUCCUGCCUUAUUUCCCAUUCGUUUUACUGUUUUCGCUCAAGAUCGUGGAAGUCCAUCUCGAAUCAGUUCACCAAAUGCGACAGUUGAAAUCUAUUUGGCUUCGAACAAUACAAUACCAUCUGUUCUAUGGCUCAAUCCGAGCAAUGGAGCACUUAAUUUAAACAUUAGUGAAAAAUAUUUCGAAAGCUCUUCAACAAAACUCAUAUCAGAUAGUCAAAAUGGUUUUAAUGGUUCGAUUUUAUAUCUAUCAAACAGUCAAUCUCCCUAUUUGUUUUAUGUUUCCAAUCCAUUUCCUACUACGACUAUACCAUUCCGAGAAAUCACAACGACUGUAAAUAAUUUUGUUUUUGCCAGUGGAAUUUCUGUUACGAGCGGUCUAGAUGCCGAAACUCAAGCAAUCUAUCUAUUGAUUUUGCGUAUUGCUAGUAAUCCACCUCUGCUCGGUUGGGCAACCAUUAAUUUAUGGGAUGAAAAUGAUGAAAUGCCUCAAUUCAGUGUUCGAUCAUUAGAACUUAAUAUUCUUGCAACUCAAACUGGUACACGAUAUAUUGGACAAUUUCUUGCUUUCGAUCGUGAUUUAACUUCGCCGAAUAAUCUUGUUCAAUAUCGAAUUAACGAUCAACUAACGGAUGAGAUCACUCGUAAUCGAUUUUUUCUUUUAGCUGAUGGUACCGUUGGAACAAAUGCCACUUUUGAUCGACAGAAUCGAUCGACUUAUCGUAUCAUUAUCACAGCUUUUGACGGUGCUCGAGCUUGGAGUAUGACAACUAAUAAUACAGAAGAUUUUCAGUUAGAUAUCAACAUUAUCGAUAAUAAUGAUCUACCACCAGUCUUUAAUCAAACCACUGUCAAUUUAUUGAUUGAUGAAUCCACAACUAGUGGCACAAGCAUAUACAAUAUUACAGUCACCGAUAGCAAUCCAUAUUCCAUUCUGAAUUUUGGUAUAUUGCGUGGUAAUAGCAAAAAUAUCUUUACAUUUGUGAAGAUAUCCGACAAUGGAGAUGAUGCAUCACGUACAGAAUAUCGAGCAACAGUACAAUUGAUUGUUGUCGGUCCAUUGGAUUAUGUCGAUCAACAAACAUACAAUCUUGUUCUAUUUGCAUUCGAUACAAAUAAUUUAGUUACACUCAAUGCUAUUGUAAAUGUAUUAUCCAACAAUGCUAAUGCUCCAUAUUUUCUUUUCCAAUCCAAUUUAUAUCAAGUUGAAGAAAAUAAACCUGUAGCAAGAUUAAAUACCAAUCAGAUUGUCGCCAAUGAUUCGAAUCCAUCAAUACUUUCACUUAAAUAUAGUAUUGUUUCGAAUGAUCAACAAAUUCUUCGAACUGUAUUUAUUAAUGAAUCGAAUAAUCAGGCAACAAUGGGUAUUGCAUCACCAGGUCUUAUUCGUGAUGCACCAUUCGGUAGAUCGACAUAUCGUUUUGCUCUUAGUGUGACUAAUCAAAAUGGAACUGGUGUAUCGAGUUAUGCACCUGUAACGGUUAAUGUUGUUGAUAUUAACAACAAUGGACCGAUCCCAAUUGCACUGAAUUCCCCAUGGAUUAUGAAUGAAGGAGUUCAAUAUCCAAAUAUUUCGAUAGUUUUUCGAGAUUUUGAUGAUGAAUCAUUGAAUAAUACUAUUCGAUUUAUUGUUCAAAUACUUGAACCAUCAACAUUUGACAUUUCUCCAACAUUGAGUAAUAGUGAUACAUUCGUUCUUCGAUAUAAUGGCACACUCAGUCGAACAGAAGCAAAGAAUAUAACUGUGAAAAUUAUGAGUCAAGAUGCGAAAGAUAUUUCAACAAAUACAUCAAUACCCAUCAUUGUCGGAGAUAUUCCUGGCAAUGAUCCAAUUUCCAAUGGCUUGAAAACGAUCAAUGUUACUUAUGCAGAAGGUUAUGAAAAUUCCUUACAGAAUGUCAAUCUUGGUUCAAUUUACGUAGUCAAUACAGAUGAUUGGUUUCUGGCUAGUAAUACAUAUUCCAUAACAAGCGUUAGUAAUAAUCAAAUAUUCCAGGUCAAUGAAGGUUUUCUUCGUACAUCUUCACCACUUUCCAAUGGCACAUAUACAAUUGUAAUUCAAGUUACGAAAAAUCUCACUUCGAGUCAAUCCACAGCAAGCAGUUCAAUUAAUAUGGAAGUUACUGAAAUUGAUAUAGAAUCGAUUCGCGAAGCAGCUACUAUUCGUAUUCAAGGCGAAACACCAGAAACUUUGGUCGAUUUAUCAUUCGGUAAUCGACUUGGACAAUUACGUGAAGCACUCGCAUCAAUUUUGACCAUUUCAAUCGAUUCGAUUCGUAUAUUGACUAUACGAAGUGUACCACAGUAUCGACAUCCCAUCUAUCCUCCAUUAUCAUUCGACGAAGCUAAACGAACAGCAUUUACCGAUGUGAUCUUCUCGAUUUUAUCUUCUAGUCGAGAAGCAAUUGAAAAUACUGUAAAUAAUAAUCUACUUCAAUUGACUUCUCGGUCUGGCCUCACAGUCAACGCCACUGGACCAAAUCCUUGCAGAAAUUACGUUUGUCCAUCAGGUACAAUUUGCAGUGCAAGUCGUUCAAUCCAACCAUUUCCUCUUUUGAUUGAUACAAAUUUGACUUCAUAUGUCGGCAUUAAUAUCAUCGAUUCACCCGAUUGUGUAAAUAGUACAUGGAGCGCUUCUCCACAGACGCCUCUUCCAUCUGGUUGCUCAACAGUUCCGUUCAAUGAUGCCAUAUCUUGUCCUUGUACUGAUGUUCAAUCACUUGGACCUCUCGGAACUUAUUGCGCAGUACUCGGUCGAACAUUUCUCAACACUGGUAAUAGUUAUGCUGUGUUCGAUGGAACGACAUUUUCAAAUUUGGCACCAGCACGAUUUUCCUUCGACUUUAUUGUUCCAAAUAAGUCGACAGUCGGUCUUCUACUCUUGUAUGGUCGAGAAACCCCGCCGAUUGACGACUAUUUUUGGUUAGCCAUCGAACUGAUCGAUUCAAGUCGAUUAAGAUUUCACUUUCGUGAUUAUCCAUCGUUCGAUACCAACCUAAUGAUUGAUGCAUCGAAAUGGUAUCAUGUCGAAUAUCAAUUUGUUGCCGAUACUAUAUUGGUGAUGGUCAACGAUGAACAAUAUGAUAUUACGGUGAAUAACAAUUCGAUUAAUAAUAAUAAUCGAUCAUUAGUUCGAUUGUAUCUUGGUGGUUUACCAAGAAGAGAUUCACCAAUUGAUGCAUUAUAUUCAAAAUUAUCUUAUGUUGAUUCUUUUCGUGGAUGUAUUCGAAAUGUCCGAUCAAAUGGUAUUUAUCUCGAUAUGAAUCGUCCUAUGUUUGCUUCAGAUAAUUCUCGAUCGGGUCUAUGUGAUUGUUCAAUCACUAAUACCUGUACUAUAGGACUUUCGAAAGACGAUAGAGGAGUCAUUGUACCUUGGUAUGUAUGGCUAAUUAUUGCUUUAGUGUUACUUUUGAUGGCUACAAUUCUUACCAUAACUUAUUUGACGUGUACUCGACGUAGAGAACAACGAAAACGUCACAGACAUGCAUCCUUUGACAAUAUUGACAAUGUUACAGAUGACAAUAAAGAUAUUACUGGUGAAGAAGAUAAUGUAUCGUAUAAUUUGAGUAUACUCAGGAAACCAGUUUAUACAAUAUCAAAUGAAGAAAUCUGGAAUGAACAUUUGAACCGAGGCAAUCAAGGUUACACAGAUCCAGCAAGCAGAACAUCACUAGGUAAUUUUAUUGAUCAAAGACUGCAAAAACAACCCAUGAUUCCACGCUUGACCGACACAAUGCUUUUAUAUGCUCAUGAAGGCAAUGGUUCAUUGACUUCCGAUCUGAGCUCCAUAGUCUCAAGCGAACGCUGA